CUAUAUUAGGCCUGGUUCCACGUCAUUUUAGUCCCACGUUUUCUGUCUCUCUAAACCUCAACAAUGGCGAUCGCCGCCAUGGCAUUUUCUUUCUGCUCUUCACCUACCUUCAACCUCAACUUUCCCGUUCACCUCCAUCUUCCUCCUUCUAUCCCUCCGCUAACCCUAAAUUCCGCCAUUAAAACCGUCACUCCUCUUUCUCUCUCCUCCAACCUCCUCUUUUCUUCUUCCUCACACAUUCGUCGACACUUUCCUUUAUGUAAUUCCGGCGGUGAUUUUGGUGACGGAGGGAAUAUCGGAGGCGGUGGUGGAGGUGGAGAUGGAGGUCACGAUAAUGGAGACGAGAGUAAGAAUAAGAAGGAUGUAUUUUUGGUGUUGUCGGAGAUCGGAAGAUCGUUGGAUAGUUUGCCUAAGGAUUUGGUGACAGCAAUCGAAGAAGGGAGGAUUCCUGUCGAGAUUGUUAGGAGAUAUUUAGAACUCGAGAAAUCGGCGUUUCUGAGAUGGUUGCUUCAAUUCGCAGGGUUUAAGGAAAGAUUGUUGGCUGAUGAUCUGUUCUUGGCUAAAGUUGCUAUGGAGUGUGGUGUUGGUAUCUUCACUAAGACUGCUGCAGAAUAUGAGCGGAGACGGGAGAAUUUCUUCAAAGAAUUGGAAGUUGUAUUUGCCGAUGUGGUUAUGGCCAUAAUUGCAGAUUUCAUGCUUGUCUAUCUUCCCGCGCCAACUGUUGCUCUCCGACAACCACUUGCUUUAAAUGCUGGACUCAUUACGAAGUUCUUCCACAAUUGUCCUGACAAUGCUUUUCAGAUUGCUCUUGGUGGUGCUUCAUAUUCUUUGAUACAGAGAGUCGGGGCUAUAGUGAGAAAUGGGGCUAAGCUUUUUGCCGUUGGCACUACGUCUUCUUUGGUUGGUACAGCCAUAACUAAUGCUGUAAUUAACGCUCGGAAAGCUGUUGAUAAGUCGGCAGCUGACGAAGUGGAGAAUGUCCCUAUUCUAUCCACUAGUGUAGGUUAUGGUGUUUACAUGGCAGUUUCAAGUAAUCUUAGAUACCAAAUUUUGGCUGGUGUCAUUGAACAACGGAUACUGGAACCUAUGUUUCACAACCAGAAGCUUAUGCUAAGUGCUCUUUGCUUUGCUGUUAGGACAGGCAACACGUUCUUGGGUUCGUUAUUAUGGGUCGACUACGCACGCUGGAUCGGUAUUCAGAAAGCUCAUGAUGACGAGCAUGCCUAAGAGUAGAUCACAUAACAAAUAUCAACAUAUUAGAAGGCUUGUGCCGCAUUUUACCAGGUUAUGAUUUUUUAUUUUUUGAUUGAGGAUGGAAAAUCCAGCCAUAUGUCUGCGUCUUUUCUCCGCUUUUUGCACGUAUAAUUAUUCAUCAAUGGCUUGAACUUCAUUUGAGGUUCUCAGGAAGACUAGAAACAUUGUAGGAAGAAUGGAAAUUGAUAAACUGUUGCAUUUUUUCUUAUUUGCUGGCUCAAGUUUUGUUAAUACCUCUUGGUUUGAGAAUUUUUAGUUUAUCAGCUGUGCAAUUGAUUGUUUUAAGUAUUUAUACUCAA